AAACGGAAUAAAGAAUCUGAAUUAGAUAGUAUGAAGGAAGCGAAGCAAAACGGUUUUAAACUGGAAAUAUUAGAAAGAACAAAUUCAUCGAGCUACAAUAAGAAGAUUUAGAAGAAGAUGUCAACGGAAAUACAGUCUUCUUUAAUCUCUGCAUCGGCAGACGAAAAUAAUCUGUUCGUGGACGUACUGCAUGAAGCACCUCUAUCCGGUCAUAGGAAGCCUACGAGCAUUAUUGGGAGUAUUUUCUACUGUUUCUUAUUGGCAGGCUUUGCUAUUUUGGGGGUGGGAGCUACAUGGAUAUUUCAUCCUAUAGAAGGAUUAGUGUUCCCAUUUCUUUGCAGUUGUAAUGUUGCCCUCCUUGUUGUCACAGGCAUUUUUCAGCAAUAUCUGGUCUAUCAAGUUAAGAAAAUACGGUUACAGGGGUACUAUAUUUUCAGCCAGAAACUGAAGCAUAUUAUUCGCCUUCCAUUUGCUACAAUCGCGUAUGGAACCUCAGCGAUGCUGCUUGUCAUGGUUUGGGAUCCACGUAUUAGCAUCCUCUCUAUAUCGACACUACUCAGGAUCAUCAUGUUGGCUGAAGUAGUGUGUGCUGGUUCUUUCAUGACAGUCUAUAUUGGUUGUGUUCACCAAUACAAUUCAUUGGAUUCCCAGCCCGAUGUCUUAAAGUCACUUUAUUCUCCACUUCAACCAUCAAGUUCUCUGGAAGGUUUGAGGUACCAGGACGGUGGUCGACUAUCAGAUCAGCAGAUGGCAUUGUUGCAAUAUCAGCAAGAAAAUAUACACUUUUUGAGUGAGGAGAUUCUUAGACUGCAAGAAACCUUAAGCAAAUACGAAAGGUCUAAUGAUGGGAGUGCACCUCAGGUCGAUCUUGCUCACUUAUUGGCGACUCGAGAUCAAGAGUUACGCACACUUAAAGCUGAGAUGAAUCAAUUGCAAUCUGAGCUGAGGCUUGCUCGAUCUAUAAUAGAGGAGAAGGAUGCUGAGAUUCAGCGUAUUCGCAAUGCAAAUAAUCAGUAUGUUGAAGAAAAUGAGAGACUUAGAGCUAUUCUGGGAGAAUGGAGCAGCCGAGCAGCUAAGCUUGAACGUGCUCUGGAGAUGGAAAAGAUGUCAAACUUGGAACUGCAGAAAAAACUAACCACACUGAAAACUCAAACGCGUGAAUAGUGCUCGCAAGUGGUUACUUUUCUAACAGUUUUAGGAUCUUUUGCAACACUAUGAAGAGAAGGGUAUCUACAGAAGAUGACUAUGAUACCGUUCUUGGAUGACCUCAUGGUCCUAUCUACUGCACAUGUACAAACUAAGCCAUCUUAGCCAAUGCUCUCAACAAUAGUUUGCUUUUGCUGUACAUUACUGCUAUAGCCAAAACUUUGAAGGCUGCUUUUGCAAUGUCAAUGUGGCCAACAUGGGGUGACAUUGGAAGGAGGAAAUGAUCUCCUAUGCCUGUUUACAAUUUGAACAGAGGAAAGUGACUCGACCAAGUUCUCGUGUUUUAUGUACGGAUCUUCUAUAUUAUUUUUUACUUAUAUCCUAUGCAAAAGGUCAUAUCAAUUAAAAUAGCAUUUGUAAGAAUUCGACUGAUGUGGAUAGUGUGAAGGCAUGGCAGUUGGUACA